AUGAUUGCUGCAAAGGUUCUCACCGCAGUGGCGGCUUUGAUCCUUCAGCCCGCGUUAGCUGGACCUUGUCGCCCGAUCUCGCGGUCAACGACGGCGUCUGCUGAGUCUUCGACUUUGCUCACAUCCACAUCCACGCUCACUUCACUCCCUUCCACUACUGGCCUUACGUCUAUUUCCAUCCUGUCCCUUUCGUCCUCCCGCACUUUGGCAGGGGAAAGCACCACUACAGAUGCCUCUGAAAGUGAGACAGUGACGAAGGAAACUUCGGUCACCAAGACCUCGUCUGAGUCAGCUGCUAGUGCGUCGUUAGUCACUACAGAAGAUUCUUCGAGUAUUAUCUCUUCUGCUACAACUACAUCUGGGCUUUACACUACUGAGUCUACAUCGCAAACCUUGACGGUUGGUUUAACCACCACCGAGGACAUUUCUACUACAACGGAGACCUCUUCAACCGAUACCAUCAGCAGUGAAGCUUCCACUUCGGCCACCGUCACUUCCAUCACUACAACCGACCGAUCCUCCCUAUCAGAGGCAUCUGAUACUCAGACUGCCGGUACUGAGUUUCACGAUACAAGAACUGAUACUGCCACUACUACAGACGUGUCUUCGACUGCUGGAGCCUCCUCGACUUCAGCUGAGGUAUCAACUACAGCUGAGUCAACGACAACUUAUGCUAGUACUUCUGCCACCUCGACCCUCGAAGGGUUUACAAUCACCCCUAGCUUCACCACCUUGACUACGGUUGCUACUACCGCUAUCACGACAUCUACAUACACCACAACAACUGAGGCCGCAUCUACAACAAGUGAGGAGUGCCAAAUUUACCCUUAUAUGCUGAUUUAA